AUGGCGGAUGUUGAGAUGGCGGACGCGGCGCCCGCUGGGGACAAUGGCAAGACCGCCGUCAAACCUGUCGCCAAAUCUGCUCCUGCCGACGGCGCGAGUGACAACAAGAAGAAGUUCGAGGUGAAGAAGUGGAAUGCUGUCGCUCUUUGGGCUUGGGACAUUGUCGUUGACAACUGUGCCAUCUGUCGCAACCACAUCAUGGAUCUGUGUAUUGAAUGCCAGGCAAAUCAAGGAGCUCAGACUACAGAAGAAUGUACCGUCGCCUGGGGUAUCUGUAACCACGCCUUCCACUUCCAUUGCAUUUCAAGAUGGCUCAAGACCCGGCAAGUUUGCCCGCUCGACAAUCGUGACUGGGAGUUCCAGAAGUACGGUCGCUAA